CCAAAUUUAUCUCUUCACUACUAUGAGCCACUCUUCCCGGCUGCUACCGCCAAGAGCUUGUUCACUUUCUUACUCGAAGAGUUCCCCUGGUAUCGCGUCACAUAUGAAGUGCGAGGGAUGACAGUCAAUACACCAAGGUUUACCACGGUGUUUGGGCUCGAUGAGUCUCAUGAAUUCGAGGGUGGCGAAGGACGAGUUCUUGAAGUGGCGACUGGCAAACCGCCGACAAAGCCAUUACGCUGCACACCCAGACCUUUGCCCGGCUGUCUGAAGGAACUGAAGAAUCUCAUGGAACGAGAGACUGGUGAACGCUUCAAUUUUUGUCUCUUGAAUUAUUACAAAGAUGGCAAAGACAGCAUUUCUUACCACAGCGAUGAUGAGCACUUUCUAGGCCCAUUGCCAUCCAUUGCAUCCUUGUCGCUAGGCUCUGCUCGUAAUUUUGUGAUGAGACUCAAAGGCGACCAUACCAUCAAAUUCAAGGCCAAUCUCAAGUCAGGGGACAUGAUUUUAAUGAAGAACGAGUCACAGUCAAAGUGGGAACACAGCGUACCCAAACGUGCAGGGAACGUGGGUCCAAGGAUGAAUCUGACUUUUCGGCAGGCGCGGGUGCGAUAUGGGAGCGAGAAUUACUAUCGCUACAAUGUUCACGAUGGACCAUACUUUCGCUGG